AUGGCGGCGCUACCAACAAACGAAGAUAUAUUGCGAGAUUAUUUUGAUUCUGACGACGAUAUAAGUGAAUUUGAAGGGUUUUCAGAUAACGAAUCUGAUAUAUACAUUCCAGAAGAGUCAAGUAGUAGUGAAAAUGAGGACAGUUCAAGUGAAUCUGAGCGAGAAAAUGACGACAAUUGGACGGAAAACCUUCGAGGAGUUCGUGUUGAACCCUUCACAGAAGACACUGGCCCUGUUUUUCCAGAUGAUUUCGAUGUCGCCACUGCAUCAGCGAAGGAUUAUUUUUUCUUGAUGUUCAGUGAGGAACAAAUUUCAGCAUUUGUGCGGCAUACAAACAAUUAUGCUCGAUGGAAAAUCGCUCAGAGGGGUGAGGCAGAUCCUGUUUGGUAUGAAGUCACCGAGGCUGAAAUGCGGGCCUAUUUGGGCAUAAAUAUCGUGAUGGGAAUCAACGAAAUGCCCUCUUACAAGGAUUAUUGGUCUAAAAACCUUUUCCUUGGAAAUGAAGGGAUAAAAUCAGUUAUGACCGUCAAGAGGUAUGAAAAGUUGACAGAGUAUUUUCAUGUGAGUGAUAGAGAAAAUGAACCUGCAAGAGGAACAAGAAACUAUGACAAACUGUACAAGGUACGUGAAGUGAUAACCAUGGCAAGAGAAAAGUUUAGAUCAAAUUACAGGCCAUCAAAAAACAUUGCCAUCGAUGAAGCAAUGAUAAAGUGGACAGGCAGAUUGUCUUACAAACAAUACCUCCCUGCCAAACCAAUCAAGAGGGGCAUAAAAGUCUGGAUGCGAUGUGAUUCGGAAACGGCAUUCUUGACUGACUUCAGCAUCUACCUUGGACGAGGAGAGGCUGCUUCAGAGAAUGGCCUUGGACAUGAUGUUGUCACCAAAUUGACUAGAGACAUUCAAGGAAAAAAUCAUCAUGUAUAUUUUGAUAACUACUUUACCGGUGUCAAAUUGAUGGAGGACUUGUUGACUCAAAACAUUUAUGCCUGUGGAACAGUGAGAAUAAAUAGACGCGGAUUUCCAGAUGAUCUCAAGGGAAAACUUAGAUUACAGAGAGGAGAAAGUCGGACAAGACAGAAGGGAAACUUAACUGCUUCAGUUUGGCAGGACAAAAAACCAGUGGCUUUCCUGAGCACUCUUAGUGAUCCUCGUCUGCAGGUUCCCGUCACCAGACAACAUGGCCGCAACGUACUCAAUCUGACCCAACCUCAUGCUGCCAAUGAAUACAAUAAAUAUAUGAACGGUGUGGACAGGCAUGACCAGCUCCGAAUGAAGUAUUCUGUUGGCCGUGAUAGCAAGAAGGCAUGGAAAUACAUUUUCCAUUUUAUUUUGAACUGUGCAAUGGUGAAUGCUUUCAUAAUAUUCAAUAAUGAAUCUCAGAGGAGGAAUUCAAAGAAAAGGUUCACUCAUGUGGACUUCAGACUAGAAUUGGCUCAACACCUAAUCGCUGGUUUUUCUGGCAGAAAAAGAAAGUCUAUGGAGAACCGUGAAGUUGUACAUGAGCCCCAAAACUUUGCCGGUCAUGAAUCUACCCAUAUGGGAACAAAAAGAAGAUGCAGAGUACACAUGAACAGAAAGGAAAGAAAAGAGACUGUUUAUGGAUGCAAAGUGUGCAAUGCACAUUUGUGCAAAGAUGGAUGCCACUUUGCAUACCAUUCUGCACAGUAA